UGUUUGAUCCCAAAAAAAUAGGAAAACUAACUGAUUCCCCCGACAGCAGUUUUUCCCAUUUGGUGUGUUUCGUGGAAAACUUUGAUAAUAUGGCUUCUGACAAGGAAUUUUUCCGCCACAAGCACUUAUGGAUUUACCACAAAUACUGGGAUUUCGACGGAGACGGCACUCUGUCCUGGGAGGACUUCAACUUGAUGGCGGAGAAAUAUGCCGUCUAUCAACGAAAGGGACAGUGGGAAGAGGAGGUCGUUGAAAAUUGGCGAAAGGUCGCCAAGAAAUGGUGGGACUCCUUGUACGCCAAAGCUGACCUCAAUCAAGACUCUCGCAUAGACAUUGACGAGUGGAUGGCUUUCUUCGAGGACUUUAGCAAAGUCAAACACACUCGCGAGGACGUGCCCGAGUUUCUAGGCGGCUUCAUGCAGCUUUUCUUCGUCUCUCUCGACUACAACAGUAAAGUAUUUUUUUAA